AUGCAAAAAACUGUCGUUACUGGUCUCCUUGGCCUUGCAUGCCUUUCAACCACUUUGGCAAGCCCGAUCGUUUCUACAAACCCUACAAACAUCAUCGUGACACACCGUGCUUCGGAUCUUUUUCCUAACUUCAAGGGCGAUCUCAGCCACUUCGACGUAGAUGUUGAAUACGUCGACUAUCCGGCUGAGACUCGGUCCUGGCUCGCUGCUCUGGAUCCCAGCAUGGCCAACACCGACGACGAAAAGGCUGUCUUUUUGACUGAGGCAGCCUACGCCAAGAAGUUUGACACGAAUGAUCCAGACAUGGUCGAAGAUGUCCACGAUAUAUUGGUCGCCUUGGGAGGCAACUCAACUGCCAUCGAGAAAAGAAAUGGCUCUAGAUUUACUCUGAGUGGGCGACACUCUAUAAAUUGGUCUGCGUGUGCUGGUCUUCUCUCUUGCGCAUCGGGGACAACGUGUCGUUUCAAACUUGAUGUUGGAAAAGCUCCUCGCAGCCACUGCGAGUCCCACGGAGGAUCAAACUGCUGUAUCAGCUGGUCCACCUACCAUGUUCGAGCUUUUUUCUUCUCUACUACGUGGACUUCCUGUAACAGCGAGGUCGUUGCAGAGGACAAAUCUAGCGCCUCUUGCCAGGGUCACGGUAGCUCUGCCCAGGGAGGUGAUGUUUGUUUGAGCAACCGCGCCAACGGGUGUACUUGA